AUGACGGAGCAGCAGCUGCCCGCCGCGGCCACCGCCGACGACCUGUGGUGGACGGAGCGCGUGCUGGCCGACGCGCAGGCCGAGCACCCGGGGGAGCUGGUGCGCACCGGCAGCCCCAACCUGCUCUGCACCGCGCUGCCCAACCACUGGCGCUCCAACAAGACGCUGCCCGUCGCCUUCAAGGUGGUCGCCCUCGGCGACGUCGUCGACGGCACCGUCGUCACGGUGCGCGCCGGCAACGACGACAACUUCUGCGCCGAGCUGCGCAACUGCACCGCCGUCAUGAAGAACCAGGUGGCCAAGUUCAACGACCUGCGCUUCGUCGGCCGCAGCGGCAGGGGGAAGAGCUUCAGCCUGACCAUCACGGUGAACACGACGCCGCCGCAAGUGGCCGUGUACAGCAAGGCCAUCAAGGUGACCGUGGACGGGCCGCGCGAGCCGCGAUCCAAGACCCCAGGGCAACAGCAGCAGAUCCGCGCCAUCGCGUUCGGACAGCGGCCCUUCCUCGAUGCGACGCCCUUCAACCACUUGCGGGACCUGGAGUAUCGGCGCAAGAGCGGCGACUCAUCUUCGUCCUCGUCGACCGGGUUCAAGGUGCCCGAGCCGUCCACACCGCUGCAAGACACGACCAACACUGGGGGCGGCGUGGGCGGAUCGUGCUCGGCAGCGGAGGCGGUGGGCGGCGGCGGGGCCAUGGCGGCGCCUUGGGGCGGCUACGGCUGUUCCUCUACGUACGCCAGCUACUCGCCCCUGCAGCCCACCUUCUCCUACACUGGAGCCGACAUCGCUUCAGCCUCCGACCCUUCUGGAAUCAGCCACUUACCCACAGCGCCCGGACUCAGCUGUGGCGGCACGACGUACCACCACCCGGCGGCGGCGGCCGGCUGGCCGGGCCACCAGACCGGCUCGUUCAUGCCCCACCACCACCACCACCCCCACCACCACCCCAACAACUACAACUACUACGGCGCGGCCCAGCCGGCGCCCGGCCCGUACCUCAACCCGCCGCCGCCCGCCGCCAACCAGAUCCACGUGCACCUGCACGCCGACCGGGACUACGCGCACGACCCGGAGGCGGCGGCGGCCGCCGCUCGCGCGCUCGACGGCCUCGUCGUCUCGUCGCACGACGCCUCACCGCCCGGCGACGUCAUCAACAGGUAUCCGGACCGGCACGCCGACCAGUCCGUCUGGAGGCCCUACUGA